GCUAGGCACCUCCCGUGGGCAAUAACUAUCUUUCUCAUUGCGUCUGUUGGUAGUUCUAUAGAACAGUGUGAAAAGUGAAGAAUUCCCAGGAACAAAAAUGCCGCCAAAGCGAGAUCCCGCGUUGGAGACACAAGCUUUGGAAUGGGUCCAGCAUAACUAUGGUAAACCGAUCGACUUGAAAAGUGGCAUCGAGAACGUACUUAAAGACGGAAUCAUACUCUGCGAUAUGAUGAACAAUCUAAUGCCCGGAUGUAUCAAGAAAAUUGAUCGUAAGGGAGGCGGUUUCGCUCUGAUGCAGAACCUCGGACGAUUCCAAGACGCGGCGAAGAAGUACGGAGUUCCAGCCGAGGAGGUUUUCCAAACUGUUGAUCUCUGGGAGAAAAAGAACAUUUGCCAAGUCACAUUAUGUAUACACGCCUUGGCGCGAGUGGCUCAAACGAGAGAUGACUACAAGGGGAUGAUACUCGGACCAAAAAUGGCCGAAAAACAAGAACGCGAGUUUACGGAGGAGCAACUGAGAGAGGGACGAAACGUCAUCAGUCUACAAUAUGGCAGCAACGAAGGGGCGUCCCAAGCAGGCCUCAACAUGGGGAAACCACGUUCUAUCAUGGACUAGGUCAUUCAUAGUGAACUGAGUCAUCUAGACGCUUAACAGUAUUCUAGAUUACAUUGACGCUUAAAAAGUUAUAGUUCCACUGAACGGUUACUUGUGUAUUAGACUGGAUUACCUGUCUAAGUGCACUUUCUCUCAGUCGAGGAUAAGGAUUUUGUCAGCAUCUUAAUUGUAGUUCGGCAUCUUAAGGGCAAUUCGGUCUAAAUAGUGUAUUAAUAACUCUAUACGAAUCAAAAAGUUUAAGGCAGUCUAGUCGCUUUUAAAAAAUAUAUCUAGGUACUUAAGUUGCUUUCAAGUGUACACUUAGUUCACAGUUGCGGGUUUCUGUACCGCUGCAAAAACUUAGCUAAUAUGACUAUUUAAUGACUGUAUUCGAUCAUUUCUAAUAACUGUGUUCUGAAUUUAUAAAUUCAACGGGGUAAGAUCAGGAUUCGAACCCUUGACCUCAGAUCAUUCUAACCAACUAAACUACCCAGUCAUUCUCGAUGGAAGCACUCUGGCUCAGUCGCGCUGUAGUACAUGACAUAUAAAAAACGAGAAUUAAAGGGAGGUAACUGUAUAUAAGAAAAACUACAGUUGAAUUAAAAAAGUGUUUUGCCUGCGAUGGGAUAGGUAUCCUUAAAAGCGUUGUUUGUUAUCUUAAAGCUGUAUGAUCCAUUUAACAUAAAGUGCAACUAAAUCAGUAAUUAUUAUCAGGUUUGAGUUUGUUUUGUCUUUUUAAACUAUUUUGGUAAUUUCGAUAUUUCACUCACCUUGUUUUACAACGGAGACCCAUUUGAGUAAUGGCGUGACUGGAUAUCGACUUUUGUGUUAAAACCCCCCAAGAAAUAUCCAGACAUAUUUGACUUAAAAAGAGACAAUUUUUGAAGGGAGUCACAUAGAUUAGCUCGGGAAACAGUAUAACGGUCAUUGACUGUAUCGUUUAGAAUUAUUUCCCUUUUCUUUAAUCCAGAAAAGUUGCAUUCCGGAUUAAUGAUAGUUGUUUUUUUAUAUUGAUCCGGAAAAUCAAGUUAUCCGUUUUUAAAAUUGUAAACUGUAAGAAAUUAACAUAUUUUUAACCAGUUCCAAACAAUCCCGUCUCGCCUGUAACAGGCACUUUAACCGUUGUGUAGAUUUAAGUAUUAUACAUUUUAGCUUAGUGUACAAUGAAUAUAGAAUAUAUAGACACAACUAAUUGGUGCGAUACAGAACCGAAUGUAAAUGUGUGUAAUUUCCAUGAUUUAUUUUCAUUGCCAUAUAGAUUUAUUUUUUAUUUGUUCAUACUCGUAUCGAUAUGGUUUGUUAUAAUAAAGUCAUUUCAUCAAAA